AUGUCGCAGCUAGCUCCACCUGGGCCCUCGGGCACAGAGACCCCGAUCGCCGCGCAGGCGUCGAUGGGCCAGCCAACAACGGCAGACGCGGCGGAGCCCACCCAAUCAGACUCAGCCAAGGGCUUCCGAUUCUGGGCCGUCAUGGCUGCCCUCGCUGCCGGCAAGCUGAUGCUUGCGCUUGAGACCACGAUCGUGGCCACUGCGAUGCCGACGAUUGCAAGCGAGUUGCGCAUGGGUGGCGAAUAUGUGUGGGUGUCCAACGGGGCGGCGCUAGCGAGCGCGGCAAUAUCCCCACCCUUGGGCCAGCUAUCCGACCUCUUCGGUCGGCGCUUGCCCACCGGCCUCUCGUUCCUGGCCUUUGUGGCCGGGGGUAUCCUUUCCGGCGCGGCAACCUCCUCCGCCCACCUCAUCGCCGGCCGCAUCGUGCAGGGCCUGGGCGCCGGAGGCAUCAACGUCAUGGUGGCCAUCGUGGUGUCGGACCUCGUCCCCGUCCGCGGCCGCGGCAUGUACAUGGCCAUCAUGCUGGCCGCGUACCUGAUCGGCGCGACGAGCGGUCCGCUGCUGGGGGGCGUGCUGGCGCAGGCCGGGCUCUGGCGCUGGGUGUUUUGGCUGCCGGCGCCGUUUGGCGUCGCCAGCCUGGUGCUGCUGGGCGUGUGUCUGAAGGGCGCCGUGAGGGAUGCCCACGUCGGCUGGCGCGAGAAGCUCAAGACGGUCGACUACGGCGGCAACGCCAUCCUCACCGCCGCCACCGCCAGCAUGCUCUACGCCGUCACCUACGCCGGCACGGAGCACCCUUGGUCGGACGCGCGGACCAUCGCCCCCCUGACGGCCGGCGUCGUGGGGCUGGGGCUGUUCGUCCUCCUGCAGCACCGGCUUGCUGGAAGCGGGACCGUGCAGCCCGUCAUGCCGCUGCGGCUGGUGGCGCACCGCGCGGGCGCGACCGUGGCCUUUGGCGCCUUCACCAGCAGCCUCCUCAGCACCUGGGUCAACUUCCUGCUGCCGGUCUACUUCCAGGGCGUGCUGGCGUCCACGCCCUCCCGCUCCGGUGUGCAGAUGCUGCCGAUAGUCACGGUGGCCGUGCCGGCCAGCAUCGUCUCGGUGGUGCUGGUGAGCCGGCUGGGGCGGUACAAGCUCCUGCACGUGGCAGGGUUCGCUGGCAUGUGCGCCGCCUGCGGUCUUUUCAGCAUCCUGAAAAGCACCUCGGGCGAUGCCGAGUGGGUCGGAUACGAGGUGCUGUUCUCGGUCGGGUUGGGCAUGGUUGUCAACACCCUCCUGCCGGCGUUUCAGGGCGCCGUGGCCGAGGAGGACCAGGCGAUGGCGACGAGCACCUUCACGUUUGUCCAGAGCCUUGCUAUGAUCUGGAGCGUGACAGUCCCGGCUGCCGUGUUCAACAACCGGUUCGAUGCGCUCUCGGGUUCCAUCACGGACCAGGGCGUCAGGGCACAGCUGGUCGGCGGCAGGGCUUACGGGUCUGCCACGCGAGCGUUUCUGGUGGGGCUGGAUGAGGGGACCAGAGGAGAGGUGGUGGGUGUUUUUCAGGCUGCGGUGAGUUUUGUGUGGUAUGUUGCUAUUGCGGUUUCUGGUCUCGGAGCCCUGGUGGCUUGCGCCGAGAAGGAGAUUCUGUUGCGGGAGGAGCUAGAGACGGACUUUGCACUUGAAGAAGUCAAUGUAAAGGUAGGAGAUAAGAGCGGCAAGUAA